AUGGCGUCUUCCAGUAGAGCUUCUGAUGAAACUGCGCAUGUGAUACUCACAGAGGACGAUAAUCCUGGAGCUUCCUUGGCUGGCAGAAAUCCUUCUUCACUGAAAAAUGAAGAGCUAAAGUUUUGGUUAAGAUGUCGAGGUGAUUCACUCAAGGGACAUUAGAGGAAAGCACAGCUCAUAAAACAGUGAGGGCUAUUUGCAAUUCGUGAGAUGAUAUCACAUGCAGUUUGGAGUUUACGUAAACAUGCAGUUGAGAAAUAUUUCUUGAUUAUAUUACAGAGUCCAAGACUAUAUUGAAAAUGGAAGGGAUGAAAUGCUAGUUGAUCCUGAUCCAGAUGAAAUUUACACGAGAAGAAACGCAAGGUUUUCGAGUGCAGUACCAAAUGAUCAUGUCUCUCCUGUUAUCUCAAGUGUGAAAUAUGCAAGCGAUGGAAGGGGAAAGUCACUUGAAAGGAUGCCGUGUUUCACGAGAGCUGAAAUGAACCAGCACGUGGCAAAUUCUGGACAGCGAGUCACAAAUGCCGAGCAUCACUCAAUUCUAACCCAUUUAAAGAAAGCAAAAACAUUUCUGAAGGACGAGUCCCUAAAGGAAAUUGAAGCGAACAGCGGCCAAAGGUAUUUUUAA